AUGAAAGAGCUUCAGUACUACCAAGCCUCCAUUCCCAAACUCAAAUGUGAUGUCGGUGACCUUGACCCCGACGCUGAAGAUAAUGACAUCGCCAUGAUUCCAGUAAUGAUAGCCUUGGCGCAAAUCAACACGGAAGCAUCCCACCAACUUUACCACUCCACACAGCGAUCAAUGGGCGAAAAAUCUUGUCUAGCAAUUGCCCUAGAUCAACGACUUCUUCAGUGGAAAGCCAACAUACCGUCCUUUUUGAAUUUAGAUGCAAAUGCACUGAAUGAUCCUGAAUGGGCAUUUAAACAGAAAUUGGUUCUGAGGUUGAGAUACUAUAAUACCCGAAUCCUCAUCCACAAACCAUUCCUUGUUGCAGCAACAGCUAGCACAGACACGGAACACGAUCUUUCCAUUCACCUACAUGCGUGUCUCACAGCUGCACGGAUGAGUAUCAAUAUGCAGUACGAGUCAUUUAUGCACCGGAUCUACAUGCGUACUUGGUGGUACAAUACAACAUACGCACUCUACGGCUCAAUGAUUCUUCUCCAUAUCGUACUCUCGGGCUAUCCAGGCCUCCCAGACGACGAAUUCCUCGAGGAUGUCGAGAAGUCCCUACAGAUCUUCUCCGCCAUGAACGAUAUCAUUGUUGCGCGUCGCUGCGCCGAGAUGCUCCGAGAAGUACUCGAGGUAGCGCGGACAUGUCUCACCCGACGACGUGGAAGUGCAUGCCCUGCACAGUAUCGGGAUCAUGGCCCUAGCGAGACUCAAGCCCCAGUUCAACUCCCUGGUCUUGAUACCGUGUCCAAACCCAGAAGGCCAUCGUCAAUGCAGAAAGAUACACCACUGGCUGGUGGAUCGUCCCUAUCCCCAAGAACUGCACCUCUGCCCAGGUCGGGAUUCUCUGUUGACACGCCCUCGUCGAUCCUGGGAUACCAACCUGGUACAAACCAUGAGCCGAACCCUGAUGAUGAGGAUUUCUUCUUCUCUUUGUUCAGCAAUGAGACACCACGGCAGCCUGACCGCACUCGAACUGAGAUACUGGCAAACUUGGUAAACCCGAGUAUUUUGGAAGACUUCGCUUUUGGUGGCGGGAAUGACUUCUCUUUCUUUUAA